AGGUGAGGGUAUGAGUCCAUUUCAUUUUGCUGAUCCUAACUUGCCUAUUUAAAUUUGCCUGCCCUCAUAAGUUUCCUUUGGAGAUCCCACAAGCCCCAAGCUCUCAUCCUCUCUCUCUAUAUAUCUUUGUGAGUAUGCGCGUGAGUUAAAGAGUUUUUGGGGUUAGCAAGAUCAUAUCCCUUUAUUGACCACGGGAGUGAACCAGCUGAGAAAAUACGCAUUAAUGGGUCGAUCUCCUUGUUGUGAGAAAGAGCACACGAACAAAGGGGCAUGGACAAAGGAAGAAGAUGAACGCCUUAUCAAUUACAUCAAACAACAUGGUGAAGGCUGUUGGAGGUCCCUUCCUAAAGCUGCAGGUUUACUUAGGUGUGGAAAAAGCUGCAGACUUCGAUGGAUAAACUAUCUCCGGCCAGAUCUUAAGCGAGGAAAUUUCACUGAAGAAGAAGAAGAAUUCAUCAUCAACUUCCAUGGCUUACUUGGAAACAAAUGGUCUCUUAUUGCUGCACGCUUGCCAGGAAGAACAGAUAAUGAAAUCAAGAAUUUCUGGAACACCCACAUAAAAAGAAAGCUCCUCAACCGUGGAAUUGAUCCCCAAACUCACAGACCACUCAGCUCAACAAUAAAAACUCCAAACCUGAACAAGAAAAUUUCAAUAAGCAACCAAGAAAACAAUCUUAGCCAAUUCUCAGAAAUAGCUCAAACAUUUUCCCUGCACUCAAUCAAUGUAUCAGAAGAUUAUUUGAUGAAAAACACUAUCAAUUCUAAGGUUAGAAGUGAUUCAGCUGAAGAGUCAUAUAGCAGAAGUGUAUUGUCUAAUGAAUUGCAGCCACAAAUAAACUUGGAACUCUCUAUUAGUCUACACAAAUCAUAUGAAAAAUCUGCUAUUAAACUGAAUGAUCAGAAGCAAGAAAAACAACAAUUUGAGGACCAGCCCUUUGGAAAAUUAAUGUCUCCAACUGUUACACGGUCUGGGUGUUUCUGUUACAAUUUAGGGUUUCAAAAUGGGAAUGCAUGUCAUUGUAAAUCCAUGAAAAAUGUGAACACUGAUGAUAUGCAGAGAUAUUCUAGACACCUGAGUUUAUGACCCCUCAAUUAAACUAUCCUUGGCUUCUGUUUUGUAAUUUUGUAUUCUCCAUAUGUACUCGUUUAAGAACAUGGGAGUUUAAUGAAUCCAAUUACCAGCAGGCCACAGUUUGAAUUU